AUGGGGGACGUCAAGGUUGCCGUGAUCGGCCUUGGUAGCUAUCAUCCGCUCUUUGUCAGUGAGUACUGGCUGACACUGAUUGCAGGCCCGGCCGGCCUGACGGCCAUCAAAGCAUUGCGCGAAGAAGGGUUUGGUGUCCAGGGCUUUGAAAGACGAGAUUGCGUGGGCGGCGUGUGGUCCAAGAGCCAGAAUGCCAGUUACACGUCCGUCAUCCAGGAGACCAUCACCAACACAAGCAGAUUCACAGUCAAUUGGCCGCCAUACUUGACAGGGUCGCAAGUUGCAGAGUUUCUCCAGGCGUACGCGACAAAGUUCCAGCUCCAUCAGUACAUUCGGUUCAAUACAACGGUUCGCGUGGUCCUCCGUGACGACGCUGACGCAGGGCCCAAGCAAUUUGCCGGGCAGAGAGUCUUGGUCGUCGGACUCGGGAACACGGCAUGCGACGUAUCGCUCAGUGUCGCGCGCGAAGCUUCGUGCGUGUACCAGUCGUAUCGCAGCGGGAGAAUGAUCAUCUCGCGCUACGACGAUGAUGGCAUCCCCACUGACCCCAAGCCGUGGCCCAAGGCGCAGCUCACGUAUCUAUUGCGCGAUAGGCUCCCGUGGCUCGCCAUGAGGCUGGAGAAGCGCUUGCUGGUCAAGACCAUGGUCGGAGAUGCAGCCCGUCAACGGCCUCGGAGAGAAGACGGAGACUCGGAGCGGCGACGACGACUGCGCGCGGAAGAAAAGAUCAGAGGCGAGUGGCGCCUGAUGCCCUGCCCGACAGAGUUCGCGCACCCGACGGUGCACGACGACUUUAUCUCGGCUCUGGAUUCCGGGCGCGUCACACCCGUCCGGGGAUUCAAAGAGUUUGCGGGCGCAGACGAGGUGUUGCUAGACGAUGGCUCGACUAUCCGAGUUGACGCCGUCGUGUUUUGCACCGGGUACACGCUUGACUUUGGCAUCAUGCCCGAGCUGGAAAUGGACGGCUGCUGCGGCUUGCCCCUGAAAAUGGCAGCGGAUCAGCGCCAGACCAAAGCGCAGCAGGCCGGUGAGGAAAAGGGUGCAGGGGUCGGGACGAGGGAGAAGCCCACACUGCCACGGCUGUAUCACAUGCUGUUCCCUCCGCGGUGGGCGUCGUCGGUGGCCAUCCUGAGUUGGAUGUCGACGUUCGAGACGGCGUGGUGCGUAUCUGAGCUGGCUUCCACGGCAGUGUCACAGGUCUGGGCGGCCGACGUGGCGAGCAAACUGACGCCAGGGUCUCUUGAGCCUGGGAAGUUACCAUCGGCCGCGCCCUAUCGAGAACCAGCGCGGCUGCCGACGGAGGCCGAGAUGAACGCGGCCGUCGACAAGCACCACGCCUGGUGGCGCCGAGGCUGGGCUAAGGAGCCGUCGGCACACCCAGGCCUGAUCCAGCCGUGGCUGACCAAGGGCCCAGGGAGCAACCACGCAUGGCGUGUGUUUGAGACCAACCCGUUGAACAUUCCUGGCUGCGGCAGACGCGCCUGGCCUGGAGCGAGACAAGCACUCCAAGACGCGGUGAGUCGUUUGUCAUUCUUGUCGUCAUUGUUCGUAUAA